ACCGAAGGCUAGCCUGCGGCAGGCUACAGUGAGCCACUGCGCCGCGUUAAAGGGCCUUUCCAUGCCGGUCUGCCUCAACGCCGCUGGUCGGUCGUCGCUAGCCGGCCGCUCUGAUCGGCGUGGCGUUGCUCCUCCUCCCGUUCUCGCUAUAAAAACACGCGUGUGUCCAGCCACUGGAGAGCUCAUUCCAUUCUGUUUAGCUACUCCACUGACCCCAGCUUGCUUGUUUCUCUUCUUCUCCACCAGUCCGACUCAUUCUGUCUCGGACUCUCGGCUGUUAGUGUUAGCCAAAUGGUGAGGGCGAGGAGGCCGCAGGUGCCGGCAUUCGGAGAGUGGAACUACUGCUACCACCACUACGGCGAGCCGCCCGCCGCCGAGUCCUACUACGCCCCGGAACCGGAGCAGGAGGCCUGCAGCGACGUGUGGUUCAGGUACUCGCCGCCGCGCAAACCGACACCCAAGAAGACGAGAAGGCCGGAGGGGGAGAAGGGAAGCGUCCGGCGCCCGAGGGCGCCGGAGGCUGACGGCUUGGAGCGCGCCACCGCAAUCAAGGCCAGAGUCGCCUCCGCCUCCCGGGUGGUGCGGCCGGUCGACGAGGACCUGUACCAGGUGCCUCCGCCGGAGUUCAUCAGCUCUCACCGGCCUAGGCGGAAGAGGAGGAGCCUGCUGAUGGGAUGCUUGGGACUCAACUCAUGCGUCGCCUGACGGUGCUGUCGUGCGCGUUCUUGAGUAGAUUGAAUGGCCACUUGAAAGCUGGUUCUUGCUGUGUGUCUUCUGUUUUGUGAUCUCUUCGGCUAGCCAAAUGAUCACUUGUAUUGAGUUUAAUGAUCUACUAGUGUAUGCUGGUGCACCGAGUUAAUUAAGACUAGUAAUAGACUAAGACCGACAUGGUCGAGGAUGUUCGUGGCAAGCAAA